CAGAGAUCACACAAAUACACAACCAGAUCACUUCCCAAACAAACACACAGGGUGUUGCUGUCUGACUCAUCCAGCCAGAAUGCGCAACAUUUUACGCAGACGCUCCUCUGCACAGGUAUCACGGCCAAGCUUGACUGGCUCGUGCUGUUCGAUGAUUGCAGGUUCUGCAGUAAUUUACUGCGCCACGUGUGAUCAGCCGCUCAGCAGCCGAUGUGUCAUUAAGGGCAAACACCGGGAUCAUCACCUGAAGGAUUUAAAGGAUGCAGUGCAUGAUCAAGUGAAAAAACUACACAAACUUUCCGAUGACCUGAGAUCAAGAGAAAGGGAGUUUGGCGACCUUACACCAAAGAUUGAAGCAGCAGAGAGAAAACUCGAGGAGAUAUGCAGCAGGACACAGGAGACGCUUCAGCAGGAGUACCAUACACUGCAGACUUUGAUUGAGCAGAAUCAGCAACAGGCUUUUUUCAUCCUGAAUGCACAAAAGCAAACGAUCAAGCGGCAACUCCGUCAGCUACUCGAGGACACGCAGAACUACCAGAGCAAGUCCACAGCCAUGAGUGAGGAAAUAAAAGAGCUUAGCAGCAAAGAAGAGAGAGAGAAUCCAGCCAGUCUGCUGGGGGAGAUUAGUGCAUUUGAGACCAGCCUGCAUACAAUAAACGUGUUUUACUCCUCUGUGGAAAAGAAGCUAAAAGUCGAUGACACAAGACUAAAAGCUCUGGAAAACUCCAUCAAGAAAAUAGUGGAAAAAAAUAAAGAGCUUCUGCCACGGCCAUGGGAAUUCUCAGAGACCAUCACUUUGGAUGAAAGUAGAAAGCAAGAGUAUGUGCAGAUCUCCGAGGACAAGACAGAGAUGUCAAGGUGUCCUUCUGACAAUUUCAGCCUUACUGCUCGUUCAUCAUGGGUCAACCAGCAAGCAUCUCAGAGCUUCAGUAAUGGGAUGCAUUACUGGGAGGUGGAUGUAGAAGGCUGUGAGAGCUGGCAAGUGGGAGUAGUGGAACAAAGUGAGGGUAGAGGCAUCCCAAGUGCAGCCCUGUCCGAGGAAAUGAGUUCAUGGGUUCUGGAGUGCGAUGGCGGCGAGCUUUCUGCGCUUCACAACAACGAAUUCAGCAGGGUCAAGGAGAGCAAUGUACAAACCCUCGGCGUCUUCCUGGAUUGUAAUAAAAAGCGACUGAAGUUUUACAAUGUCAAUACAGGCUGCAUUAUGCACUCAUUCAUUGCCAAGUUCAAGCAUUCUGUUUGUCCUGUGUUCAGCAUGCGUCCACAGAAAGACAGUAUGGCACGACUGAAGAUCUGCAACCUGACCGAUAAUGAUUAUAGGCAAAGUGACAGCGCUCUUUUUUCAGAGACCUCAGAGACAGUGAGUGAGGAGAGUUCAGAGAUGUCUUUUGAGAGCUCAAAUUAGGUCUGUGUUUAAAAUAAGUGUUUUAGCAUAUAUAUUUAUUUUAUGUACUGUCUAUUUAAAAAAAAUACAUUUAGACAUAAAUCCUAUUUAUUUCUAACAAGUACUGGAAUGUUUAAUGCUGUAUUAAAUGUUUCAGUGAUAGUAAAACUGUGGCACAAUUUCCUGUUUUGUUGGUAUUAAAAGCUCUUCUUUUAUUCACCAUGUCUGUAUACUAAAAAGGUUGAUAAUUAACUGAGAAUUAACAAUAUAAUGUAUCACCUUUUAUAUAAAAUGCAAGCUAUUUCCCAGUGUAAAAGUGAUUGUUUCAUAUAAAGUUUUAAGUAAGCUUUUACUGCAAGUGCUACUUGUGUUUUUAGAAUAAAUGAAU